AUGGCUGGAUAUAUGCUGUUCAGAAUUUGGGAAUAUGUCGCAUCUCUAAACUCUCCAGCGACCGAAACGGAUCCUGAACGCCUGAAAUUACAAGCAUCGUUUGGUCCAUGCACAAUUGGCUAUCCUCUACAUCCUCCGCCAGAUGUGCGUUUUGAUAUGAGCGACAAAUCUAUCUAUGGAUUCAUAUCCCAAAACGAGAGUGCUCCUUGGGUGCUCCAUAUACAUCAGUCUUCACCCGCAAUACGAUCGUACAUCUUGGGAUCGAACUGGGAGUCUCAACUUGUCAAAAUCCCAGGGAACAAAAAUCGGAAUCACACGCAUGAUUGCAUACCAAUUCCAGAUGAUCCGAUCGAUGAAUCAAACCAUUGUUUGCUGAUGAAGCGCGCCGGUGCUAAGCUUCGAAAUCCGACACCGCCCUGGGAGAAAGAACCGUGCAAGGAUCCAUAUUAUCUUUUUUCGAGGCGACAGAUAAUGGGUUGGCCUGAAUCUGGAGGGGUUUGGGUCUAUAAAAUACGAAAGCAUCCUUUGACUGAUGACACAAGCAUAGACGAUGAAAUAGAUUAUUUCUAUCGCGUUGCCGAGGGAGAGGAGACGGACCCUGAGCUAGAAGAGGAUGAGUUGAGAACGAAACUGUUCCAAGAGACUACCAUGGAAGGCCAUUGUGAGGUGCUUAAGCAAUAUGGUGCAACAUUCUACGAAAAUCCAGCAGACUGUCCUGAAGUAAAAUUGCUAGGUCUUCAAGGCACCAUUUCGAGUAGUCAAUGA